CCAAAUGUAGUAAUAUGUUCCUAUAAAUACACCAUUGGUUGAGAAGGAAAUUCACCAUUCACAUAUUUAUUAAUUAAAGUAGCAUUACACAAUAUGGCUGGAGCACGUCUUAACUUUGCAUUUUACUUUGUUGUUGUCCUAGCUGCAACUACUGUUACUAUGUCUCGUUCACCAAAGCUGCAAGCAAUGGGUGCGCGCGACAUGUCAGUUGAUAUUGUGGCCAUUGAACAAAAAUUAAUUCCGGUUGGUGAUAUAGUAACUUGCUUGAAAAGAUGCUACGUGCAGAGUGAUUGCAAUGAUGGAUGGCUUUGUUCAGAUUGGGCGAACGAUGCAUUUGAUCAAGGUGGAAAGCAUUGCGACAAGUUUACUGCUUCUAGACAAGGAUAUUUCGUCAUGCUCACUCCUAGUACAACUAUAUUUAUCAAUGGUGUCAGAAGUCAGAAAGAAGAAGUGAAGGCUCACAGGUUUCAUCCUACUGAACCUUCUAGUCCCUCUUCUGAACAUUUCAACCCUUUAUUUCAGUUUUCUAAUCUUCUUGGUGAACCUUCCAACACUUCAUUUAUGCCUACUAAUCCUCUAACUGAACCUUUCAACACUUUUUAUCAGUCUACAUUUGAACCUUCCAAUCUUUAUAGUCGGUCUUCAACUCUUGAUUUUGAUGAUCUAAGUGAAGAAAAUUAA